AUGUCGUACUACUUUUCGAUAAUUGGCACGCGCGACAACCCGCUGUUUGAAGCAGACUUUGGCACAUCCAAGGUCGGCGGCGACGGCAUCGCAAGAUUCCGGGAUGAAGCCAAGCACAUGAAUCAAUUCAUUGUCCAUGCCGCGUUAGAUCUGGUCGAGGAAGCACAAUGGUCAACGAAGGACCUAUAUCUCAAGCGAGUCGACACUUUCCAAAACAACCACAUGCAUUGUUUCCUUACGGGUGGAAACGUCAAAUUCAUGUUGUUGAUGAAUCCGGAUCCGGCAUCGACACCUUACUCGGCGCAUCCGACUGCGCCUCCUUCACGGCCAUCGACCGCGCGGCAGAGUAUGUUGUUGGCGAGUAAUCCAAGCAGUCCCCAAACGGAAGAUGCAGUUCGACAAUUCAUGCUGGAGGUGUAUGAAGCCUGGACCAAGUGUAUCAUGAAUCCCUUCUAUGAUGUGAACCAAACAGUGACUAGCCCGGUCUUUCGCGGACGCGUCUUGACUGCUGCAAAGAAGUACCUAUGA